CCAACAAUAGGUUGCAAAUACACAACAACAUAUCCAAAGAGAGUGCGAGAGAAGUUAGCCGCAGCAGCUAGAGUUGUCGGCAAACACAUACACAGGCAGCUGCAGCAGCGGAGAGGAAGAGACCGGCUUAGAAUUCAAAUCCGAGCUAGUGGAGGCGUUUUGCCGCAACCACUGUCAAUGUCCGGUAAUCAAGCUCAGAUCGGUGCUGGAGGUGGCAACAGUGGCGGCGGUGGUGGGGGCAGUGCUGAACAGCAGCAACAGCACACACCACCCCAGAUAAUAGCCUCUGGUGCGACAGCAACCUCCAGUUCAUCAGCAGAUGCCGUAAAUAUGGCAGCUGAUUCAUCGCCUCGCGAAUCGGGUGACGACUCGGAGGAUGAAAGUGAAAUUCUUGAAGAGUCUCCUUGCGGGAGAUGGUUGAAGCGGCGCGAAGAGGUCGAUCAACGUGAUAUACCCGGCAUCGAUUGUGUCCAUCUGGCUAUGGACACCGAGGAGGGUGUGGAAGUCGUCUGGAACGAGUUGCAAUACAGCAGCAUACAGGAACUCAAAUCGCAGGAGGAGAAAAUGCGUCAGGUCUUUGACAAUCUGCUGCAGCUGGACCAUCAGAACAUAGUCAAGUUCCAUCGCUACUGGACAGACAUACAAAAUCCGGAAAGGCCGCGUGUGAUAUUCAUUACGGAAUUCAUGUCGUCGGGUUCUCUAAAACAGUUCCUUAAACGCACCAAGCGUAACUCCAAACGCCUCCCGUUGGAGGCCUGGCGUCGCUGGUGUACACAGAUACUUUCAGCGCUUAACUAUUUGCAUUCCUGCGUACCGCCCAUCAUCCACGGCAAUCUAACCUGUGAUAGCAUUUUCAUCCAGCACAAUGGUCUGGUCAAGAUCGGGACAGUGGUGCCCGAUGCAGUCCAUCAUAGCAUCCGCCAACAGCAACAGCACAAAGCUGUGGAACAUGGUGCCCUACACUUUAUGGCUCCGGAAUAUGGUGCAGUUCGCCAGCUAACGGCUGCCGUUGACAUCUAUGCGUUCGGCAUGUGCGCCCUGGAAAUGGCUGCAUUGGAAAUACAAAAUAGUGAACCAAAUACCACAAUACACGAGGAGACAAUAUUAAGGACGAUCAAUAGUUUGGAAAACGAUUUGCAACGAGAUCUAAUCUAUAAGUGUUUGCGAAGGAAUCGUUCGGAAAGGCCUAAAGCCAGUGAUUUACUUUUUCAUCCGCUAUUAUUUGAGGUGCAUUCAUUAAAAUUACUGGCUGCCCAUUGUCUGAUAUUCUCCUCUUCGAAUCGUACAAUGUUCUCAGAAACGGUUAUCGAUGGCAUGAUGCAACGUUACAAUCGACCCGAAGUGAUAAUGGCAUAUGUGAAAUUUUCACGUAAUCCCGAAGCUACUGAAGAUGAACAACAGCAAGAAUAUCGUCUGUCCGAUGUACCAUCUGCAGAUAAAUUGGAAAAAUUCGUCGAAGAUGUCAAGUACGGGGUAUACCCUUUGACGGCGUUUAGUGGCAAGAAACCGCCACAUUUUCGUUCACGUGCCGCCUCGCCGGAACGGGCAGAUUCCGUGAAAUCGGCCACCCCCGAACCUGUAGAUAUUGAAUCACGGCGCAUUGUUAAUAUGAUGUGUAGCGUCAAGAAAUUAAAGGAGGGCAGCAAUGACAUACUGAUGACCAUUUUAUUGCGUAUGGAUGAUAAAAUGAAUCGUCAGCUAUCGUGUGAGGUUACCGAAACGGAUACAGCAUCUGAUCUGACACAAGAUUUGGUACGUUUAGGUUUUGUACAUAUUGAAGAUCAGGAAAAGAUACAGGCUCUGUUGGAGGAGACAUUGCGUAGCACAUUUUCGGAGGGUGGUGCUGCAUUUGGUGAAUAUGGAGCUCAGGAGAGGACAUUUAGUGCUACAAUUAAUGAGCAGCUGCAACAGCAGUUAGGUGGUGGUGGUAGUAGUACAGUAGGAACAGGAGCGGGAGGAGUAGCAUCUGGAGUAGCCACGGCAGCAGCAAUAAUACCACAACAACAAACCCUACAACAACCAGCAACUACAACAACAUCCCUAACAAAUAACCCAGCCGGCGUAAAUAUGACAACAAUGCAGCAAAUGGAAAGAAACUGGUCGGUGGCUGAUAGUGAUGCAGUGGGAGGAGCUGCCGCUGCAGCCAUGAUGAUGCGUGCCCAUAAUCCAACACAAAUUAAUUCAACCAUGUCCUCACCCCUGCCUCCAAAUGCAGCUGUAGCAACGGCCACCUUGGGUCUAACCGGUACGGUGACAGUACCAAUGGUGGCCUCUGAUCCUCUGGCGGGCCAUGUUAUGUAUGUGCCACAUGAGCAGUUGCAGCAAAUUCAUGCAACGCAUCAUCAGCAACAACAUCAUUCACAUCCUAAUACACAGCAGCAAAUGUCACCCCCACAGCAACAACAAAUGCAUCAGCAACAUAUAGAUCCCUCAAUGUUGUCCAUGGAUGUUACGGAUAGUGGAAAUGUGAGUCAUCAUCAUCCUCAGCAGCAGCAACAGCAUCAGCAACAAUACAUGAAUCCAGUUACUGUAUCUAUGGCCACAAAUAGUCCGGCAAUGUAUGCACCUCCUCCCCACUUAACAAAUAUGUCGGUUGCCCAUUCACCUCAAACGAAUGCCACCCCAGCCGCCUCCUUUGCAUCUCCCUCGACAACAAUCAACUAA